AUGGCCAGAAAAGGUACUGCCAAGCUAGAUGAACUGCGCAAAAUUGAGGGUCAGAUACAGACAUUUUGGGAGUCUAAUAAAGUAUUCGAAGCAGAUGUUCCUUUAGAAAACAAUGAAACUAUUGAAAAAUACUUCGUUACUUUCCCAUAUCCUUAUAUGAAUGGAAGACUACAUCUGGGUCACACAUUUUCCUUGUCAAAAUGCGAGUUUUCAGUAGGGUAUGAACGGCUUAAAGGCAAGUUGGCUCUUUGGCCCUUCGGUCUUCAUUGUACUGGUACGCCUAUCCUAGCAUCUGCAGACAAAUUAUCACGAGAAUGUGAGGAGUUUGGUUGCCCACCUGUUUUUCCAAGUGAGACUUCGAAAGUUUCUGCUGAGAUUGAAACGGAGACGCACACACAAGGUAAAAGCAAAAAAAGCAAAUCUGUUGCAAAAGCUGGUGGCGCAAAGUUUCAGUGGCAAAUAAUGGAGAGUUUAGGUAUGGAUAACGAUGAAAUAGUUAAAUUUAAAAAACCUGAAUACUGGUUAAAAUUUUUCCCAAAGUUAGCUGUUGAUGACCUGCAAAAGUUGGGUGUCAAGGUUGAUUGGAGGAGAUCCUUCAUUACAACAGACGUUAAUCCCUAUUAUGAUUCAUUUGUUCGUUGGCAGUUCCUGACCCUUAAAAAGCAAGGAAAAAUUCAGUAUGGUAAACGGUACACAAUAUUCUCUGCUCGAGAUAAUCAGCCAUGCAUGGACCAUGAGCGAACUGUUGGUGAGGGCGUGGUUCCACAAGAAUAUACACUAAUUAAGCUUCAAGUGAUAUCCGGAUUCCCUUCCAAAUAUAGCUUCUUGAACGACUCAAAGUUACCCAUAUUCCUUGUUGCGGCAACUCUACGUCCUGAAACAAUGUUUGGACAAACUAAUUGUUGGGUUCAUCCAGAUCUAGAUUAUGUCGGAGUAAAAAGCGCACAAUCUUGUAUACUAAUUUGUACUCAACGCGCUGCUUAUAAUAUGGCUUAUCAGGAUAUUUUAGAUCCGUCAUAUCCUGGGCAUAUCGAUAUUAUUGCAAAUUUCAAAGGUGUUGAUCUUCUCGGAUUAAAAGUCAAGGCUCCAUUAUCGUCUUAUGAAUCCGGAGUUUUUGUUUUACCAAUGAUGUCGAUCCGAUCGUCUAAGGGUACUGGAGUUGUGACUAGUGUUCCUAGUGAUUCUCCCGAUGACUGGGUAGCUUUGCGAGAUUUAAAGAAAAAGCCUGCAUUCCGGGAGAAAUACAAUCUUCUUGAUUCCAUGGUCAUACCGUUCGAACCGAUUCCUAUAAUUGAGACACCAGGUUUAGGUAGUUUGCCAGCUGUUACAAUAGUGGAUCAAUUAAAAAUUCAGAGUCAAAAUGAUAAAGAUAAAUUACAAGAGGCAAAAGAAAAAGUUUAUCGUGUUGGCUUUUAUGAUGGGGUUAUGUUGGUUGAGAAAUAUAAAGGUUUAAAGGUGAAUUCAGUGAAAAAAGUUAUUCAAGAUCAGUUGGUUGAAAUGAAUGAAGCUAUAAUUUAUUACGAGCCAGAAAAUUUAGUUGUCACACGUGGUGGUGAUGAAGCAGUGGUUGCUUUAUGUGAUCAAUGGUAUUUAGAUUACGGUUCAGAAGAAUGGAAGACAGAAGUCCGCAAAGCAGUAGCUAACUUGUCAGCAACUGAUGAGGUUAGACGAGCUCUUUAUUCAACUGUUGAUUGGUUACAUGAACACGCUUGCUCUCGUACGUAUGGUUUGGGUACUCGUUUACCAUGGGAUGAUAAGUGGCUUAUUGAAUCUUUAUCUGACUCUACAAUAUACAUGGCAUAUUAUACAAUAGCUCAUUUGUUGCAAGGCGGGUCAUUAGAUGGUAAAAUGCCCGGUCCUCUCAAAAUCUGGCCAGAACAUAUGACACCAGAAGUAUGGGAUUACAUAUUUUUAGGAAUAGGGAAUCCAGAUGAUUUAGUCAAUAUGAAAAGACAUUCCUCUCUAAGUGUGCCAAUUUUGAAGAGGCUUCGUAGAGAAUUUCUUUUCUGGUAUCCAGUUGAUCUAAGAGUUAGUGGAAAGGAUCUUAUUUCAAAUCAUUUAACUUAUUAUCUAUACAACCAUACUGCUAUAUGGCCAAAUGAACCAAAUUUAUGGCCUCGAAAUAUACGUGCCAACGGUCAUUUGUUAUUGAACUCUAAUAAGAUGUCAAAAUCAACUGGUAAUUUUCUCACUUUAGCGGAUGCUGUAGAAAAGUACUCAGCUGAUGGUGUUCGCCUUGCCCUUGCUGAUGCUGGUGAUUCGUUAGAUGAUGCCAAUAUGAAAGAAGAAAUGGCUGAAGCUGGUCUGCUACGUUUGUAUGGUCUUUUAGAUUGGUUCAAUGUAACUUUGGAGAUUUUAAAUGAUCCAACUUUACAACAAAAAUCUCAUUAUCGAACAGGUGCCUAUACAAUGCAUGCCGAUUUUGUUUUUGAUAAUGAAAUGAAUCAUACUAUUGAACUAGCCGAUAAAGCAUAUGCUGCACAAGAAUAUAGAGAAGUACUUAAAAUUGUGUUCUAUGAACUUCAGGCACACCGUGACCGUUAUCGUGAAGUUUGUCAAGGUAGUGUACAUACUGACUUAAUUCGACGUUAUAUGAAUAUUCAAUUGUUACUACUUAGUCCAAUUUGUUCACAUGUUUGUGAGCAUAUAUGGCUUAAUCUGUUAAACAACAAAACGUCAAUCUUUUGUGAAAAAUGGCCUGAACUUAGUCGUCCAGUGGAUCGAAUACUUCUGUUACAAGGUCGUUACAUAGAUGAUACAGCUCAUGCAUUCAGAUUACAGCUCAAGCAAUAUCAAUCAUCAAAGUCUUUCAAGAAUAGUAAAUCUACUGGAUCCAAUUCUGUUACCCAAUUUAUCCCACCUUCGGAUGCUGUUGUGUGGGUCGCUAAAGCUUAUCCAUCAUGGCAGGCGAAAAUUCUUGAAAUUAUGGCAGCUAAUCUUUCUAACGAUGGCAAAACGUUAGUGGAUAAUGCAACAUUAGCUCAACUUUUACGUCCUCAUCUGAAGGAUAUGGGUAAAAUGGCAAAACGAGCUAUGCCGUUUGUACAAUUAGUCCGAGAACGUUUUGAAAUUCACGGUAAACGAGUGCUUCAACUUCAAUUAGAAGUGGAUGAAUGUGAAGUAAUUAAAAGGAAUUUAUCCUAUUUAAUAUCGACUUUAGGUUUAAGGCAACCUGAUGGUUUAAAAAUCAACUACUCAUGCGAUUCUAACGAUAGUCGUAUUGAAGAAAAUGUUUGUCCUUUGGAGCCCCUUAUUCUAUUUUGUGAACCGUCUACUUCAACAUCCAUGAUGUUUCUAAACCCAGAUGUUGGUUCAGGCCUAUUUACAAUUACAAUUACCAUUUUUGACGGUGAUACGUAUCCUGAUGUAAUCUCACGUAUAGUUAGUCACUGUCAUUGUCUUACGUUAAACAAUAAAGAUUUCAAGAAUAUAAAAUUGUACCGUUUUACGGAUGCUACAUGUGGACAUUUGCGCAUUCCUCCGUACCCCUUGGAGGCUUUACAAGUUAUUCAACCAACAGCUCGAUUUGUGGUCGAUACAUCAUCUACCGUAACUCUAAAGUGUGGUAGUGAUGAUAUUCCUCUCGGUAAAAAACUUGUGUACACAACUACCGUAUCAUCAUGA